AUGGAGGAAAGAAACAAAACCGAGACAAGCAAGGAAGAAGUGGUAAACUAUCUGGUCCAGAGCGGAUUCACAAAAGAAGAGAUCGAGAAUGCAAUAAAGGAAACAGGAUCGAAGGAUAUCGAUGCCCUAGUCAACUUUAUUAUAAACUCUAGCCAAAACAGAACUCAUAAAGGUGUCAAGGAGGCUAAAAAAGAAUAUGAUAACAAAAUGUCAAGAGAGGCAGUAGAGCUUGAAAAGAAGAGGAAGGAGGAGAUAAUGAAAGAAAAACUUUACAAAGAGAGACUUAUAAAUCAGAUUAAGGCAGAUAUGGCAGAGAAGCUUGAAAGAGAAAGGCUGGAAGAUGAAAAGCUUAUAAGUACAGAUAUUGAGAAAAGCGAGGAUAUUUCAGACUGUAAAAUAAAACUGUGGUUUGGAGACGGAACCUCUUCCAUACUGGGGUUUUCUAAAGACGAUACUAUCGAGGAUCUUUUCCGAAAAAUUGAAACAAAGUUAAACAAGAAGAGAUUUAAUCUGUUUAAGAUGAAUCAUGUAACUCCCAUUGAAAGAAACAAAAAGAAGAUAUCCGAAAUACCCGGACUUUAUCCAAGAGGUGUUCUUUUCAUUGAGGAAUAA